AUGAGCGGAAUUCCGAAUUGGAGGCUUUGGGGAGAUUCAUCACCGUUUCGUCGUACGUGUAACGCUAAUGACAAGUGGUCUCAGUACGAGUACAGUUUUGCGCCGGAAUUGGGGAGUGAGUACACGGAGAAGGUCGGGUUAAUCCGGCGUAGGCCCGGGGCCAAGUCUCUCGCCGCAGAGUGCCUGCAAAUCUUGGCUGCGUUCUCGAACAUUCCAGAAGAUGUUACGUGGAUUAAACGACGCAGUAUAUUCAACAAUUACAGUACGCCGGCUCCCGCAGGUGAGAUUGCAUAUUUCAAGAGCGAGACAAUAUUAGCCGAAGCACUCGGGUGGAAAAUGAGACCGUUUUUGGUGCCUAAUUUACAGUGGCUGUUAUGUGGGGAACAUGCUCAUUGCACUAAAGCUCGGUACGAAUCGUUUCCUGAAUAA